UCUGUCCUAUUGUUUGACUUUCAUACAAAUUUGUGUUGUACCUUUGAUCAAGUUUGACAGUGAUCGUAAAUGAUUUAAAAUAAUUUAUAUGGGGCAGGUUGCUGUUUGCGCUGUCAUGUUGACGGUGACGUCACCCCCAAUUGUGCUACAUUCACGACUCCUCGUAAAAGCCAUAAAAUGCAAUUCGCAAUUUGUUGGAUGUGAUCAAACGAGCAGACAUCUUGUUGGACAAUUUCAUUACUAAAAUUCUUAACGCAAGUAAUAUGUAAAAUAAUUACAGCGGACACUCGUUAGACCUUCCUACGUUUUCCAUUGUAUGACAAGCUCGCUUACAAUAAACAGAUACAAAUACUUAACCGCGUUAAAUAAACAAAACACGGUCAUUCACUAGCUUGCAUGUUUCAUGACUGUGAAUGUAAAUAAAAAUGUCUCCAAAAGGAGGCCUUGGCGUAUCGCAUUUCCCAAGCGCCUUGAACGUCUCAGCCGCACAGUAAGAGCGGACGUGCAUGAUGCUCAUCAAAGCCCGGUGGUACCAACACAUGAGAAGCACCACUGUUCUCUCGAAUCACCGAGGCCCACUGUUGUCAACUCAUUGACCAAGCCUUCCUCCAUCAUUGCACCGCUCUUUUUUUUCUUUUUUUCUAUCCCCCCCCCAAAAGGCUUUUACGCCCUUGCGGAGGGUUAAAGUUUCUCACUUCCGGGGGUGCCUCGGGGUGAAUUAGCCUCGAUGCUCCGUGCGGGUAGGAUGGAGGAGUUUGUCACGGAGGAAGAGGAGCCGUGGUACGACCAGCAUGACUUGGAGCAAGACUUACACUUGGCAGCGGAGCUCGGCAAAACCCUGUUGGAGCGGAACAAGGAGUUGGAGGAUUCCCUUCAGCAGAUGUACAUCAACAAUGAAGAGCAAGUGCAUGAAAUAGAGUACCUGUCCAAGCAGCUGGAGAUGCUACGGGAGAUGAACGAGCAGCACGCGAAGGUUUACGAGCAGCUGGAUGUGACCGCCCGAGAGUUGGAGAUCACCAAUGAGAAGCUGGUGCUGGAAAGCAAAGCAUCACAGCAGAAAAUAGACAGGUUGACUGGCACAAUGGAGACCUUGCAGGGUCAGGUGGAUAGUCUGACAGGUCGGGUAGAGGAGCUACGCACCUUGGAGGAGCUGAGGGUCCUUCGCGAGAAGAAGGAGCGCCGCAAGACGGUCCACUCGUUUCCUUGCCUCAAAGAACUCUGCACUGCGCCAAGGUAUGAGGAUGGCUUCCUGUUGGCAAACCCCGGCAGCGUGGACCUCGCCGAGAGGGAACCGGCAGAGGAGGAGAACGAGCGCCUGAGGGACGUUGUGACGUCUCUGCGUGCGGCCAUGGCCGCAGAGCGCUCCAAGAGGGAGGGGGCAGAGCGGGAGUGCGCCGCCGUGCUGCAAGAGUUCGACCGCCUCGAGCAGCGUCUGCUCGGAGCCGAGGGCUGCCAGCUCAGAGUUCGCGAGCUUGAGGCGGAGCUCCAAGAGAUGCAGCAGCUGAGGAAGUCCAGGGCCUGCCUGAUGGAGGACGGCAUCGAGUCGAUGCUCGGCAACGGCCCCGAGACUGACACGCCGGAUGAAACCUCCAUUCCGAACGCGGGAGGCGAAGGCGGCACCGGCGAACCGGGAGGUCCCGUGAGGAAAAGCUGCAGCGACACAGCCUUGAACGUCGUCACGGUCCGAGAUCCACCGGGGAGGCGCCAGUCGGGUCGAAAACGAGGCAUGUCCAUCCUGAGCGAGGUAGACGAGCAGUACCACGCCUUGCUGGAGAAGUACGAAGAGCUGCUGGGAAAGUGUCGGCGCGACGAGGAGAGCCUGUGCCACGCCGAGGUCCAGACGUCACGGCCCGUCUCCAGGGACCCUUCCUUGAGAGAGUACAGUAUGGCCUCCUUGGGGGCGGGGGCGGCCGCCUCCCCGCCCUCUCUCCCCGACGCGCCGUCAACGCCAGAAGCCUUGGAGGGCAUCAGCAGGCAGGUGGAGCAAGUGGAUAAACGUCUGAGUCAGAACACGCCCGAGUACAAAGCGCUCUUCAAGGAGAUCUUCUCCCGCUUGCAGAAGACCAAAAGCGACGUGACCGCCACCAAGGGUAGGAAAAGCGGCAAAUGAAAAUGUUUCAGCUCACUCGCCACUACAAAUGAGGAUAAGAUGGAUCAUUUCUAAUACGCUUGACUUUUUCUUGCUUCUACUAAGUUCUGACGGUUUCUCAUUUGUGUGACUUGGAAACAAUGCAGAUUCUAUGGAUGUGGUGAAUAUGAUCCAAUUUUCUGUUCCUUAAAAAUAAAAGCAUUUACCAAGUUUUUGUUUUCUGUAAAGAGGACAUGUUUGAAAUUCAACAUUUUAAUGUCAUCACAGGAGCUCAUUACAUCAGGCAGCACGCAGCAAUUGACUGAUUCAAACCGCAACCAAACACCAGAAAGAUCUGAAUGAAGCUCCAAGUCUCCAUCAAUGUAUACAGGUCCACUCGCCAUUACCAAUGUUAGGUGGGAGAUUUUUCUUAACAUAAAUUGAGUGUACGCAUUUAGAAUAUGAGGGGGCCGAUCAGAGAUGGGAAUAAUUAAUAGUAGUAGCAGGAAGCAUAUUUGCCUCCUGUGAACAUGCUUAAGCAUGCUAAAAAAAAUAGUUUCAAAUUUUUUCUACUUGUCCUGAGGGUUCAUGUUAAGAGGCCACAAGGUAAAUAAAAGUUGCAAAAAAAACAAAAAAAAAAACCAUCAUGAGAUGGACCAGACAUUUUGCCACAGCAUACCAGGGAAAAAAAAAAACGGUGACCUAAAUUCCCAAAAAUUUCCCAAGACGACAAAUCUGCUCAAAAGCUUUAGUCGGGCUGUGUCCAAGAACUGUGUCCAGCAAUGAUGCAAAAUGACCGUCCAGAGGCCCCACACACUCAACACAUACGUACAGCAAUGCUCCUGUAGUUUCCCAAGGCAGAUAUGGUGAUCAUUAAAAAAAAAUACAUUUAAAAAAAAAAA